ACAGAAGGUGGAAAGCCGAGAGCGGAGCUCCAAGUCCGGCACCCCGAGAGGAAGAUGAACAGCCCCAGGCCACAGCCUCGGGCAGAGUGCACCCCGAGCCGCCCCCAGGUAGCCAAGAGCGGCCUCAGCGGCAGCCACCAACUCCGGUAGCCGCCCGUGCUGCCCGUGGCUAGGGCGGAGGGCGGCCAGAGCUGGGGACCAAGAUUCCGCACCACCUGCGCGUGCGGCCUCACACCUGAACGCUGUCCUCCGGCGGACUAGACCGGCGGACACUGCAAAGCUGGGACUCUUCUUUGAAGGAAAAAAUAAAUAUCGAACAAGAAAUCCAGCACCAUUCUUCACCGACCCAUCCCGCUGCCCUUCUUGUUUCCCAAGUUUUUUUAAGCUGGCAGCUGGGACCUCAGUAUCCAAAAGUCGGCAGCCACUGAGACCGGCUCUGAGAAGCCAAAGGUUUGGCAAUUUCCAGACUGAAGGGGACGAGGUGAAGGCAGGUUGGAGGCGGGUCCAGGACAUCUGAGGGCUGACCCUGGGGGCUCGAGAGGCUGCCACCGCUGCUGCCGCUACAGACCCAGCCUUGCCCUCCAAAGCUGCGCAUCGCCAGCCACUAUCAUGUCCACUCCUGGGGUCAAUGCGUCCGCCUCGUUGAGCCCCGACCGGCUGAACAGCCCAGUGACCAUCCCGGCGGUGAUGUUCAUCUUCGGGGUGGUGGGCAACCUGGUGGCCAUCGUAGUGCUGUGCAAGUCGCGCAAGGAGCAGAAAGAGACGACCUUCUACACGCUGGUAUGUGGGCUGGCUGUCACCGACCUGUUGGGCACUUUGCUGGUGAGCCCGGUGACCAUCGCCACGUACAUGAAGGGCCAGUGGCCCGGCGGCCGGCCGCUGUGCGAGUACAGCACCUUCAUUCUGCUCUUCUUCAGCCUGUCCGGCCUCAGCAUCAUCUGCGCCAUGAGUGUCGAGCGCUACCUGGCCAUCAAUCACGCGUAUUUCUACAGCCACUACGUGGACAAGCGGUUGGCUGGCCUCACGCUCUUUGCAGUCUAUGUGUCCAACGUGCUCUUCUGCGCGCUGCCCAACAUGGGCCUCGGUAGCUCGCGGCUGCAGUACCCAGACACCUGGUGCUUCAUCGACUGGACCACCAAUGUGACGGCGCACGCCGCCUACUCCUACAUGUACGCGGGCUUCAGCUCCUUCCUCAUUCUCGCCACCGUCCUCUGCAACGUGCUGGUCUGCGGGGCGCUGCUCCGCAUGCACCGCCAGUUCAUGCGCCGUACCUCGCUGGGCACCGAGCAGCACCACGGGGCCGCGGCCGCCGUGACCUCGGUUGCCUGCCGGGGCCACCCCGCCGCCUCUCCAGUCUUGCCGCGCCUCAGCGACUUUCGCCGCCGCCGGAGCUUCCGCCGCAUCGCGGGCGCAGAGAUCCAGAUGGUCAUCUUACUCAUCGCCACUUCCGUGGUGGUGCUCAUCUGCUCCAUCCCGCUCGUGGUGCGAGUGUUCGUCAACCAGUUAUAUCAGCCAAGUUUGGAGCGAGAAGUCAGUAAAAAUCCAGAUUUGCAGGCCAUCCGAAUUGCUUCUGUGAACCCCAUCCUGGACCCCUGGAUAUAUAUACUCCUGAGAAAGACAGUGCUCAGUAAAGCAAUAGAGAAGAUCAAAUGCCUCUUCUGCCGCAUUGGCGGGUCCCGCAGAGAGCGCUCCGGACAGCACUGCUCAGACAGUCGAAGGACAUCUUCUGCCAUGUCAGGCCACUCUCGCUCCUUCCUCUCCCGGGAGCUGAAGGAGAUCAGCAGCACAUCUCAGACCCUCCUGCCAGACCUCUCACUGCCAGACCUCAGUGAAAAUGGCCUUGGAGGCAGGAAUUUGCUUCCAGGUGUGCCCGGCAUGGGCCUGGCCCAGGAAGAUACCACCUCACUGAGGACUUUGCGAAUAUCAGAGACCUCAGACUCUUCACAGGGUCAGGACUCAGAGAGUGUCUUACUGGUGGAUAAGGUUGGUGGGAGCAGCAGGGCUGGGCCUGUCCCUAAGGAGAGCUCCCUGCAAGUCACAUUUCCCAGUGAAACACUGAACUUAUCAGAAAAAUGUAUAUAAUAGGUAAGGAAAGAAAUACAGUACUGUUUCUGGACCCUUAUAAAAUCCUGUGCAAUAGACACAUACAUGUCACAUUUAGCUGUGCUCAGAAGGGCUAUCUUCAUCCUACAACUCACAUUAGAGAAUAUCCUGGCUUUUGGGCACUUUUCAAACAAUCAAGUUGAUUCACAUGGGUCCUGAGGCCCACAACACAUCAGUUGCUACCCCAGUAUGACAGGGGACUGUGGUCACAACUUGACGCCUGGGAAGAUCGAUCCUCAGUUUUUCUGCUGGAUAGGAGGAUGGCAGAAGUUUGGCUGCUUUCAUAGCAUCCAGAGCUUCAUAUUUGGCACACAGCAGAGGCCCAGAUAUUAGAAAGGCUCUAUUCCAAUAAACUAUGAGGACUGCCCUAUGGAUGAUUUAAGUGUCUCACUAAAGCAUGAAAUGUGAAUUUUUAUUGUUGUAAAUAUGAUUUAAGGUAUUUAAAGUAUUUUCUUCUCUGUGAGAAGGUUUAUUGUUAAUACAAGGUAUAAUAAAAUUAUCACAACCCCUCUCCUUCCAGUAUAACCAGCUGAAGUUGCAGAUGUUAUUUUCAUGAACAAGUUCGAGUCAAAGUUGAAAAUUCAUAGUUAGAUUGUUAUCUAUAAAAUAGAUACAAAUUUUUAAGACAGUUUAGUAUUAUCAAAG